AUGCCCAACCAAUCACAGAAUGCAACCGAUCAUACUACAGAACUGGCGAUUGUGAGUGAUCUGAACAAAUCAUGGGCAGGGUCUCGCAACCGUGAGCAACUCAAAAAGCAAUUGUUUGCGGUAGUACGACGACUUGGAGCAGGUGGGGAUGGGGAGGUAGUGCAAUGGACGCACCUACCGACCAAGACCAACCUCGCGGUCAAGUCGUCCCAUCCUGACGAUGGACAAGCUGGUAGGAUGGUUGAGGAGGAAGCGAAAAAUCUGAUUAUGUUGGGGGCGCAUGAUCAUAUCGUACACAUGAUCGCUUGUACUCAGUCUUCCGUGGGCCCCCAGCUUUUUCUUGAGCUCUGCGAUCUAGGGUGUCUUCAUGAUUACCGCGAUCAAUGGUGCGCACAAGAGAAGGCAAAUGGCCGGCCCGCUUACCCUUCUGAUGUAACUAUCUGGAAGUUGUUAAAAGAUAUAAGUCUUGCUCUUGACUUUAUUCACAACAAGCACCAGAUUUCUCACGUCCACAACGACAUGAAGCCUGACAAUAUCCUUGUCACACGACCCUCCGGCUGGGCUCCAGAAGGUGGUGUUCCUAUUGAACCAACCUUCAAGAUUACUGACUUUGCACGUCUCAUGGCUUACCCUGCAGCACCCGAUGGCCAUUUCCAGGAGUUUUGUGGCACAUACGAAUACGCGCCUCCCACGAAUGAACGUCGUGGCCCAAUUCACCCAGCAGUUGAUAUUUGGGGUCUUGGAGCGUCGAUACAGACGUUUAAGACUGGUCUGCCUUCGACCGUGUCGAAAGAGGCAUACAUCAUGGAAAUGAAACUGCGAGGCAAGCCAUAUCCUAAAACAAACGGCGCGUGGCGCACAGCAACUGUUCGGUGGCAACGGCGAGUCGUAUAUCGACCGCUCGAUGUUCCCGCAUCUAUCCUGAGAGAAGAUUACGAUCUUGCUCAAAUCGGCGAUGACUAUGUGCCGAGCAGCUAUUCAACUGAGUGUGUAUAUCGGAUGUUGUUGCAUCACAAAGCUUCUGAGCGUGUGACUUCGGCAGCUCUGGUCAAGCACGUUGUUUCGCGCGCUGACCGAGAGAUUGCUAUACUCAAGGCGAGUAUAGAGGCCAAUCGGCUCUUCGAGAGCGCACGCAAGCUUCGCGAGAAGGUCGCCGUCAGCCAAGUCCAGCGUUUGAUGCGUGCUGGAUGA